AAUCACCAACUAGAGCAGCGACGUGUCCGCCGACUCCCGGAUCUCUCCUCCAACCCGUUCAGCUGUGCCGCCGGCCGCCGCCCUGGGCCUGGGUCGCACAAAUUCGCGUCCGCUUCGUGGUGCCCGCCCAGCCCCAACCCUCGUGGUCGACUGGUCGUUGAAACCUAUUCGCAGGAAGAAAAAAAAACAUUCUUGUCCGCCCCGGCUCCAGGCUGCUAGUCUGCAACCCCCCAUCCACCCGCGAAGUCUCCCACCACCGCGCCGAUCCGGGGGCGGGCGGCGGGGGGGCCUCUUGCUCUCUACUCCACCCACUCGCGGCCUCACCCGUGGAUCUACGCGGUGGCCGGCGGGCGCGAUGGCGGAGGCGGAGCGGGAGCAGCGCCCGCUGCCGGAGGUGGAGCAAUCUGUCACGUCCAUACCGGAAGAUCAUGAAGCAACAUGUUGGGGCUGUGGGCUUCGGCUUGUCUUUGCGAGCUACUCACCUAUCUACAAGUGUGGGUGGUGUGGAGCCGUCACGCAGAGCAACAACCAGACUGCAAGGAAACCUGAUAGUAUAUGGUUUUCCCACUGGAGGCGCCUACGGGACAGGCUCUUCGUGGCUGUGCUCGUCCUCUUCAUGCUCUUCGUUAUAUGUGGUGGGGUCUGGGCGGUAUAUCCUGUUGUUUUCUCAGUCAGCAAGUUCUGUGGCGUAUUUCACUGCACGGUAGCAGCUGUGUUGGCUGUAUGUACCGUCACAAGCUAUUGCUUGGCCUCUUUGAAAUGUGCAGGCGCACCAACAGACAUAAGGUGGGGCAGCUAUCCCGUGGUUGGGAAAGGGGAUCUUGAGAACUAUACCUUUUGUACAUACUGUAGCAAACCAAAGCCCCCCAGAGCACAUCACUGCCGGUCGUGUAAAAUGUGCGUGGUGGACAUGGAUCAUCAUUGCCCAUUUAUUGGCAACUGCGUGGGAGCAUCAAACCAUCAAGUGUUUGUGGUUUUUCUCAUUUCUGUGGUUAUCAGUUGCUCUUAUGUCGCUGGGAUGACCAUAUACGCGAGCUACCAGAUAUGGCCCUCCAUUGAAUUCCCAGACCUAGCAUCAUCAUCUCGUCACUCGAUGAGUUCUUGGAAAACGGUGCUGGAGAUGAUCACUACGGUUGCAGGCUCCGCCUUCUUCUUGUCAGCCAGGGGUCUAGUCCUGGUGUAUCUGGCGUUUGCUAGCUCGUCAGUGAAUGCUGGUAUAGCUGUGUUGCUGUGCCAGCAGCUGAGCUAUAUCUACGAAGGGAACACGUACCUCAGCCGUCUGAGCUCACCACCGAAUGCCUUGCAGCAUGGAGAGAGGGGUUUGCAGAACAUCGUUCGGUUUUUCGGGUGCCCGUAUCCAGUCUCCAGAGCUGUGUUGCGACUGCGGUACUCCAACGCUGCCAAGUUGCAGGAUGAUUCAGGGUCGAAACUUCUUUAGAGAGACAGUUUCGUUUACAUUACAUGUCGGUUUCAGUGCUAUACUCUCGAUUAAGACGCCGUUUCGAGUCGAGACAGUUCUGUUCUGUUACUCGGAAAUUGUGAUUUGUGAACCUCACUCAGUUGACCACCGGCAGAUUUGUCUGAAUAACUGAAGCCGUUUUAGGAUGCAGCACUCAUGACAACCCGUGUUCGAUCUGGAGGAAGGAUUAGUUGUUCAUGAGGACGCCACUCGCAUUGAUUAGGUAGAGCAAUUUUGGCAGAUGCUGAAAUACGGUGUGGCCUGCGCAUUCAUUGCCUGCAGACAAUAAUAAGGUGCUGAUGGUCUUGCAACAGACUGCAGCACCUGAAAUUCUGCAUCACCAUCACUGCCCUUUCCAACUCAGCAGAGCUUGAAGAUGGCAGCAGCUUCAUCCACAGCUGGUUGUUGCAGAAGAAAUGAUCAUCAUGAUUAAAUCUGACAGUAGUGGCUUCGAGAGUGAUGCUAGGAUGUUGGAGAGAAAAAAAAUGUGUCCCGCCAUACCUCUUUGAUGUUAAUUCACUGACAUGUAUAUAUACGAUCGGAAACGUUGUAACGUUCACUUGAUGUAAAUUAUUAGUCGAUUAAUCAUGCACGUGUCCGUUCCGUGGUA